AUGUCGUCAAGUAUCGAGCUCAUAAAUCCCAAAGCCGAAAGCAUCCGCCGCGCUGCGGCGUUGCAGGUUAACACAACGGGUGCUAUGGGACUUGCGAACGUUGUGAAAGGCAAUCUAGGUCCACGAGGCACACUGAAAAUGCUGGUGGACGGCUCGGGUCAGAUCAAAAUGACAAAAGACGGGAAGGUUCUACUCUCUGAGAUGCAGAUACAGAAUCCUACCGCGGCCAUGAUUGCCCGCACGGCCGUUGCACAGGACGACCAGGUUGGCGACGGGACGACAUCCGUGGUAUUACUAGUCGGUGAACUACUGAAGCAAGCGGAUCGGUACAUCAGCGAGGGUGUGCAUCCCACUGUCAUAGCGGAAGGCUUUGAUCUGGCGAAGAAGGAGUCCCUGGCAUUUCUGGAGAAGUUCAAGCAACCGAUGAAGUUGGAUCGUGCGACUCUGAUAAAUGUGGCCUAUACUUCCCUUGCGACGAAAGUCCAUUUAUCUCUAGCGAAGCAACUUGCCGCUGAGGUCGUAGAUGCUGUGUUGACGAUUAGACCGCCACCACCAUCAGAAGGGUCUGGAGAAUUCCGAGAGCCGAUUGACCUGCACAUGGUUGAGAUCAUGAAGAUGCAACAUCGGACCGCCUCUGAGACGCAGCUCGUUCGCGGACUGGUUUUGGAUCAUGGCGCAAGGCACCCAGACAUGCCGAAGCGCGUCGAAAAUGCUUUCAUACUAACCCUGAACGUAAGCUUGGAAUAUGAGAAAACCGAAGUCAACUCAGGAUUCUACUACUCGUCUGCAGAACAACGAGAGAAGCUGGUGGAAUCGGAGAGACGGUUCACUGACAUGAAAUGCAGGAAGAUCGUCGAGCUCAAAAACCUCGUAUGUGACAAAGCAGUAGACGCGAAAGAGAAGCCGAAGAACUUUGUCAUCAUCAAUCAAAAAGGUAUCGAUCCUAUGAGUCUGGAUAUCCUUGCCAGGAAUGGUAUUCUUGCUCUCCGACGGGCGAAACGGCGAAACAUGGAGCGACUGCAGCUCGUUUGCGGUGGUGUCGCCCAGAACUCUGUGGAGGAUCUCACGCCAGACGUCCUUGGUUGGGCAGGUCUUGUCUAUGAGCAUACACUCGGGGAGGAGAAGUACACGUUCGUAGAGGACGUCAAGGAUCCAAAGAGUGUCACUCUCCUCAUCAAGGGUCCGAACCCUCACACAAUCCAGCAGACCCAGGAUGCGCUACGUGACGGCCUUAGGGCGGUGAAGAACGCGAUAGAGGACGAGGCGCUUGUGCCAGGCGCCGGCGCGUUCGAAGUUGCCUGCGCAGCGCACCUGAUGGGUCCAGUGAAGAAAAGUGCGAAGGGCCGUAUCAAAAUGGGUGUCCAGGCAUUUGCGGAAGCCCUGUUAAUUAUUCCCAAGACGUUGGCUGCCAAUGGGGGAUACGAUGUGCAGGACGUAGUUGUUGCACUACAGGAGGAGCAAGCCGAAGGCAAUACUGUUGGUAUUGACCUACAGUCUGGGGAGCCAUUUGAUCCUACUGUUGAGGGUAUUUGGGAUAAUUACCGGGUGAAGAGGCAAAUGCUGCACUCAUGUUCGGUCAUUGCGGUGAAUCUUCUUUCGACGGACGAGAUCCUCCGUGCAGGUCGUAGUUCGUUGAAACCCGAGGGACAGCAGUAA